CACUUCGUGUUUUAGAUCUUUAUGUUAGUUGGGCGGAGGCACAGGAAAGGGAGCUGGCAGGCUUUAAGAAUCUAACAUGGCUGGGAAGGCUGUCCAAAGGGAAAUCGAAGAAAUAUUACAGAGAGCCAAAAAUGCAAAACCAGAGGACUUGGUGCUAACAUACAAGGGGGUAAAGUAUCCUUCCUUCCUCUGCAUGGUGGAAACUUUGAAUGAAAUUCCUUUUUUUGAAGCCAGACAAGAUGAUUUAUUGCUGGUGGUCUAUCCAAAAUGUGGUUUUAACUGGAUGAUUAAUGUAAUGAAAAAAAUAAUUUCCAUUGAUGGAGAAGCUUUUAAACCUGAUGAAAAUAUUCCACCAAUUGGACUAAUUGAAUUCCUAAAGCCAGACAAACUCCAGAUGUUGGAUAAGAUACCUUCUCCAAGACUUCUGGGCACUCACUUUCACCCAAAUAAUAUUCCAAAGUCUUUUUUCGACAAAAAAACUAAGAUGCUGGUUGUGUUCCGCAAUCCCAAAGACACUGCUGUUUCUUAUUACCAUUUUUGCCAGAAUAACCCAGUCCUGGUGACGUAUGAAUCCUGGAAUGCUUUUUUCUCAGAAUUUAUUAGAGGAGAUGUUCCCUGGGGCUGUUAUUUUGAUCACGCAGUUGAGUGGAACAAAAGAAUCGAUGAUGAAAAUGUGCUGAUUGUGACAUAUGAAGACCUGAAAGAGAACUUGCAAAACGGAAUCGAAACAAUAAGUAAAUUCUUCAAUUACACCUUGACUGAAGAACAGAUCCAAUCUGUCACUGAAGCCAGUACAUUUAAGACUAUGAAGGAGGAAUCGAUUAACAAUUAUGGACAAUUUUCCCAAGUUAUAUAUAGGAAAGGAGAUGUAGGAGACUGGAAAAACCUUUUUACUGAAGAGCAAAGCAAAGAAGUAGAUGCUAAGUUUAAACAAUACCUCGCAGGAACCAAACUUGGAGCCAUGCUGAAAUAUAAUUUGUACUGCAAAUGAAGUCCAGGGAAACAAGCAGAGCAGCAGAACACCCCAGUUGUUGAAAAGUGCCACACACAUUUGACCUAUGGCUUAAAAAUUGUACUGAAUCAUUAAGUUGAAAAAUUUACAGAUUUAACUGAUUUUCACUUUACACAGAUUUUACCCUUGCAGAUCAAUAAGGUUCUAUCUAUCUAUCUAUCUAUCUAUCUAUCUAUCUAUCUAUCUAUCUAUCUAUCUAUCUAUCUAUCUAUCUAUCUAUCUAUCUAUCUAUCUAUCUAUCUAUCUAUCUAUCUAUCUAUCUAUCUAUCUAUAUGAACAGAUUACACAGCAUCAUGCUCUGGCUACUUGCCCAGUAUGGCUGCUAUGUUAAAGCCCUCUGUUACAUGACCACUGCUUAGUAAGAAGCUUGCCUCUACAAUGAUUUGUGUUGGCAGAGGACAGUGAUUUCACUUGCCAAAGUUAUAUGGCAUUCUUGAUUAUUUACCUCUUUAGCUCUAAGACCAGUCUCUUUGAAAAAUGAUUAGGUAAGCAUUUACUAAUGCUUAAUAAGCAAAUUAUAAUUUCAUUGUUUUAUCUGUCUCUGAAUGACAUCUAAUAUUAUUUAAAAUCAUGGAGGCCAUAGAAACAUUUUAGUGCUAGAUGCUUACCAAAGUGGCAGUUUAUUCAUUCUGGCAGAAGAACACACUAAGUAGGUGUGGAAAGAAACACUUCUUCAUAUGGAAAUAGAAAUAAUUUAAUGUAUCCGUUCAGAGGGGAAUGUUGUGGGCAUA